AUGGUCUCCUUCUCUUGCGAGGCAUGUGGUGAUGUUCUCACCAAGAAAAAGCUCGAUCCUCAUCGCGGCCAAUGUCGCGGCGCCUCCUUCACCUGUAUCGAUUGCAUGGUGCAUUUCUAUGGAAUGGAGUAUAGAGCUCAUACGUCAUGCAUGACCGAGGCGCAAAAGUAUCAGGGUGCUCUGUAUCAAGAGAAGCCCCAGAAAGGAAAGAAAGGUCAAAACAACAAGCAGAAUCCGAACCAAACCCCCAACGGCCGCCACCAGCAAGGCCGUGUGCAGGACGCUCCUCCUCCCCCUGCCCCCACACCUCCGCCUGUCGGUGAGGUGAGAACUCCUGCUCCUGCCCCAGCCAACGACAAGCCUGUCAAUGUGUUCGACUAUCUCGUCGCCGAAGAGACCCCGAACACAUCCAAGGUCGCUCUUGUCGAGCCGCCCAAGGAACAGAUGAAGAUGAACCCAAAUGCCAAAUCAGUUUUCGAGCCCAGCGAGUCCCUCACUCGUGUCGAAACCAACCCCAACACUGAUGACGAGGGUAAAAAUUACGAUAUCGCAUACCAGGAGAAUGGAUUUUCAUACGGCGCCGGCCACAUCCCGCACUCUGCCUCGCCCCCGAACGCGUCGACAACAGAGUUCGUCACACCUGCACCUAAGAAAAAGAAGGACCGCAAGACCCCGGGCACCGUCAGCGAGAAGAAGCGCAAGCGCGGCCAAGCAGAGGUGCUCAGCACCCCAGGCGAAGCAGUCGAUACCCCAAUGAUGGAUGCCCCCUCCAGCAUCAUCAACAACGCCGGCACACCCAUGCUGAACCACUCCGGUCUGACCGGCGGCCUGAACCGGAUGAUGCGCUCUGCAUCCCCCGACGGCGACGACAGCCCAGAAACCAGCCGCCGCGCCUACCAAGACACCUCGUCCCCAAUCAAACGCAGCCGCCGCAACGGGAAAGAAGCCAACGGCAACGGCGAUCCAGGUCUCGGCAUCUCAAUGAAGAACCGUGCCGGCCGCCUCGUCUCCUCUAUGUUCGGCGGCUCCGCCGUCUCCAGCACCAACGGCUCAGAGCCCGGUUCGAAGGCUGUUCUCCACGCCCGCCGCGGCAGCUCCUCCAGCGGCGACGGCCAGCUCGAAGUCCGCAAGAGCAAAAAGUCAAACUGCUCGAAGUCCAAGCGCAAGAGCUCAAACCCCAUGGACGGCGACAGGCCUUCCCGCCGUCUUAAGCAAAUCGACGAGCGUCACGGUUCCGUCGACUCCUCCCACGGCCACCAGGUCACUGUCUACAAACAGUCGCGGCCGCCGGCGCGCACGGACGAGGAUCUUCAGCGAGAGCUGGGUCAUCACUUCCUCUCGCUGGUCACCAGCCAUAGCGAGCGCGGCUGCUCCAUCAACAAGGCGCUCAAGCGCUUCCACCGUGAUCUCUCGGAUGAGUAUGAUGCCGAUCGUGGCCGUGAUAAUGGGCGUAGCCGGGCGGACCGAGAACGCAGGGUUGAUGAUGAGAAGGAUCUUUUCCGUGCGUUGAGGCUGAGACGCAAUGAUCGUGGUGAGAUCGUUGUGUUCAUGUAG